GUGUGUGUGUGUGUGUUCACGUCAGGAGCAGGAAGUGUGUGCGUGCCUUUGUGCUUGAGAGAGUGAAUUUGUGUUGGGGAGUCGAACUGUAGUAACAGCAGUAACACCCGUUUCUUCAUUUUCCUGUGCUUGCAUUGUUAUUUCACCUCGCCACUGUUUUGCUCUGUGCAAUGGAUGGUGGGCAUCUGGAGAGCCUCCUGUUUCCGCCUCCUCGUGUUGCUGUACUACCAUGAGCAGUUCCACUCCAUCCACAGCUAAUGGCACUGACAGUAAAACAUACAAAGGAGACCGAUCUCCCUGUGGGCCCUCCCGCGUCCUCCACGUCCGCAAAGUUCCCAUCGAAGUGUCUGAAGCAGAGGUCGUCUCACUAGGAAUCCCUUUUGGCAAAGUCACCAACCUGUUGAUGCUUAAAGGGAAAAACCAAGCUUUUAUAGAAAUGGCUUCUGAAGAAGCAGCCAUCACCAUGGUCAACUACUACACCACAGCUACACCCCAUGUCCGCAACCAGCCCGUCUACAUCCAGUAUUCCAACCACCGUGAGCUCAAGACCGACAAUCUGCCCAAUCAGGGGAGGGCUCAGGCUGCUCUGCAAGCUGUCAAUGCAAUGCAUUCUGGGAAUAUGGGUCUCUCUGGGACUGCGACAGCCAGUGAUGGAGGAAUGAUGCCUGGGCAAAGUCCUGUGCUUCGCAUCAUCGUAGAGAAUCUCUACUACCCAGUGUCUCUAGAAGUGCUACACCAGAUCUUCUCAAAAUUUGGAACAGUCCUGAAGAUCAUUACCUUCACCAAGAACAACCAGUUCCAGGCCUUGCUACAAUAUGCAGAUCCAAUGAACGCACAUCAUGCCAAAAUGUCUUUGGAUGGGCAGAACAUCUACAACGGCUGCUGCACUCUGCGUGUCGAGUUCUCCAAGCUGACCAGUCUGAAUGUGAAAUAUAACAACGACAAAAGCAGGGACUUCACCCGUCUGGACCUCCCCUCAGGGGACGGCCAGCCUACCAUGGACCCCUCCAUGCAGACCGCUUUUGAUUUUUCACCACAUCAUUUCGGCUGGAAUAUUCUGGGGGCUCCUGGGAUCAUUUCCUCUCCAUACCCCGGGGCGGCUGGUUUCGCCCCCGCUAUCGGUUUCCCUCAGGCAGGUCUGUCUAUGCAGGCGAUGCCUGGCGCUCUGGGACCUCUCACCAUCCCUUCAUCAGCAAUGACAGGACGGAUGACCAUCCACGGCAUGACCCCCACCACCAUCCACUCCGUGCUCCUCGUCUCCAACCUCAACCCUGACAGUAUAUCGCCACACGAACUCUUCAUUUUAUUCGGAGUCUACGGAGACGUUCACAGAGUCAAGAUUCUGUUCAACAAGAAAGAGAAUGCCUUGAUACAGAUGGCGGACGCCACGCAAGCCCAGCUCGCGAUGAGCCACCUGAACGGUCAGCGUCUGUAUGGUAAGGUGAUCCGUGUGACCAUCUCAAAGCACCAGACGGUGCAGCUCCCCAGGGAGGGUCAGGAGGACCAGGGCCUGACCAAAGACUUCAGUGGGAGCCCGUUGCACCGCUUCAAAAAGCCCGGCUCCAAGAACUUCCAGAACAUCUUCCCCCCCUCCGCCACCCUGCACCUCUCAAAUAUCCCCCCCUCCACCACGGAUGAUUUUCUGAAAGACCUGUUUGCCAGUUCUGGAUACACGGUCAAGGCCUUCAAGUUUUUCCAGAAGGACCGCAAGAUGGCGCUGAUCCAGCUGGGUUCGGUGGAAGAAGCCAUUCAGGCUCUUAUCGUCCUCCACAACCACGACCUGGGAGAGAACCACCAUUUGCGAGUGUCCUUCUCCAAAUCCACCAUCUAGCACCCCCUUCACUACAAACACACCCUUUCCCCAUCCUCCCCGUUCCAGCCCUUCUACCUUCAGCAGUCUGACUGUUUCAUUCAGAGAAUAAGACUGACUGACAAACUAAAAAAAAAACUAAAAAAACAUUACAGAUAUUCAUGGGGUAGUUUUAGAGAUUUUCCCAAAAAAAGAAAGAAAAAAAAAAGCAAAUAAGAGACUACUGCACAA